GCGCCGCGCCGCGCUGAGCAGACAUGGAAACAUCAAGCAGCGACAGUAAACCAGACGAACCUCAGACAGAUAAGGGGAUGGACACGGACAGGUCUAUGUUAAGGUCCGACAGUGGGAGUGGAGAUGACUCCUUGGAUGGCCUCUCAAACCGUGUCCCCCGCUGCCCUUUGACUCCGUCUUUAUCGCCACGAAAACGGACCACGAGUCAGUCAAAGACAGAGCCUCCGCUGCUGAGGACCAACAAACGGACCAUCUACACUGCUGGCAGACCGCCGUGGUACAACGUCACUGGGACCACCUUCAAAGAGGCCUUUGUUAUCGGUCUGUGUGGAGGAAGCGCUUCUGGUAAAACCACAGUUGCUAAUAAGAUCAUUGAAGCGCUGGACGUUCCCUGGGUGGUUCUGCUCUCCAUGGACUCCUUCUACAAGGUGCUGAAUAAAGAAGAGCAGGAGCUGGCAGCCAAAAACGAGUACAACUUCGACCACCCUGAUGCCUUUGACUUUGAGCUGCUGGUCACCGUCCUCAGAAAGCUGAAGAAAGGGAAAAGCAUCAAAGUGCCGGUGUACGACUUCACCUCUCACUGCAGGCGCAAAGAAUGGAAAACAGUGUAUGGGGCCAAUGUCGUCAUCUUUGAGGGCAUCCUGGCCUUCGCCAACAAGGAGCUUCUGAAGCUUCUGGACAUGAAGGUGUUUGUGGACACAGACUCGGACAUCCGCCUGAUACGGAGGCUGAAGAGGGACAUUUCACAGCGUGGGCGGGACAUCAGUGGAAUUAUCAAACAGUACAAUAAGUUUGUAAAGCCGGCGUUCGAGCAGUACAUCGAGCCCACAGUGCAGGUCGCUGACAUCGUGGUGCCCAGAGGUGGAGAGAACUUUGUCGCGUUGGAUUUGAUUGUCCAGCACGUUCACAGUCAGUUGGAGAAGCGUGAGAUCACUGUGAGAUCGGCUCUGGCCUCGGCUCAUCAGGGUCAGCCUUUACCCAAAACCCUCAGUGUGAUGGAGAGUACACCGCAGGUCCGCGGCAUGCACACCAUCAUCAGGAACAAGGAGACUAACCGAGACGAGUUUAUCUUCUACUCCAAGAGAUUAAUGAGGCUUCUGAUCGAACAUGCCCUCUCCUUCCUACCUCUCAAGCCAGUCUCUGUGGAGACACCUCAGGGUGGUGUCUAUGAGGGCAAGAGGCUGAGCGGUAAAGGAAUCACUGGUGUGUCCAUCCUGAGAGCAGGAGAGACCAUGGAGCAGGCUCUGAUGGCUGUGUGUAAAGACAUCAGACUGGGAAAGAUCCUGAUCCAGACCAACCACGACACUGGAGAACCAGAGCUUCACUACCUCCGUCUGCCCAAAGACAUCAGUGAGGACUACGUCAUCCUGAUGGACAGCACCGUGUCCACCGGAGCCGCUGCUCUCAUGGCUGUCCGAGUGCUGCUGGACCACGAUGUAGCAGAGGAUAAGAUCUUCCUGUUGUCCCUGCUAAUGGCUGAGAUGGGCGUGCACUCGGUGGCCUAUGCCUUCCCUAAAGUCCGCAUCAUCACCACAGCUGUGGACAAGGAGGUCAACGACCAGUUCCACAUCAUACCAGGCAUCGGUAAUUUUGGAGAUCGUUACUUUGGCACCGAUGCUCCAUCAGACAGGUGUGACAGUGAUGAAGGGAUGGACUUCUGAAGAGACGGCCCAUCAUUGAUGUGGAGGGCUGUUACAAAAGCACUUAUCCAUUAAAACAGUGAGAAGACCCUCCGUCACCCCUUGCUCCUCUGACCUGCUCGACUCCGUCAACAUCCUCCUGAACAAUGAGGUGAUGCUGUACAAACUGCUUCCCGUUCAGAUCGGUGGAGACUGAGUGGAGUUCAGUGUUCGGUCAGUGAGGAGCUUAGUGGAGACUUCCAUGUGUGUCAGGCAGGUUUCAGUUCAUUCCCCGCUGCUGUUUAAAGCAAAGUGUAAAGAGGUCAAAGUUCAACGUGUUACCUCUCCUGCGGGAUGUUGGAUAUUUGUUAGCUUUGACAUCUUUACACACUCAGUCCUCCCUGGACUGUCUUCCAAAAGACAAUUUUCACUACAACUUGUAAUUAUUCCACUGAAAUCUCGAAAGGAUGCGCUGCACCUGCCGCCAUUUUAAGCUACCUGAAGAGAACAAUGCUUGAUUAUAAUGUUAAUGCUGUUGCCAGUAAUGUGUUUUUGCGGCUAAAGCUGCAGGCUGUGAAGCCUCAGAGCGGACGCUGCCACGUUCGAAUUCAUGUACUGUCAGUUUACUGGAGGAGCCUUAAAAUGUUUGGGUUUCUUUCAGGAUUUUGCACAGUGAGUCUCUUUGACUUCCAAAGCCAGAUGCUGUAAAUAAGUCAGUGUUCGAAAAAAAAAAAUCCAGCUGGAGAGUUUCGCUGGGAAGAUUUUGCUAGAGCGUCGCUCGGUUUUAAUGAUGAGGUUUGACGGCAGUUAGGAAAAUAUGUUCUUCAUAGUGUUCAGUUGAUCGGUGUGACACAUGUCUAAUCAGUUACACUCUAAUUUUGCACAAAGACAUGACUUUACUUAUCUUUGAAGACAAGUCUCUAUCAUGUUUAGGACAGGCUGUUCUAAAGGACAUUUACAGAGUUUAAUGUAAUAUAUCAUGUCUUAUUAGUAGUGUAGUGAAUUUUUUCCAUUUCUUAGCUUAAAGCUUUUUCUGAGGUUAGUGCAUUACAGCUUAGCACUGCUGCUGAAGCUGCAGCUGUACUGUAAACUGGUGUUUUCUCAGGCAACUUCCACUGAAAGGGACGACAACGAUUCAUACUUGAACAAGAAGAAUGAAAUGUUUAGUUUAUAGUUUGUUUUUUGUUACCACUCUUCUCAUCCAUUCAGUUUGUUUACCUCAUUGGUUACCACAGCAGCAACACAGAGCCAGUCUGCCCCUCUUUUAGCAUCACAACAAUUAAAACACUUUACAUGGUAGCUAGGUCUCUCUAUAGCAUUUAUAAGAAACAUAUAAACAUUUAAAGUGUUUUAUACCACACUACAAUGCAGUGAAAAGCACGUGUUUAUUAAUGUAUUUGUUAACACCUGUUUCUCCUCCUGUGGACACAUGAAGUGGACACCAGUGUAUAAACAGCUAAUGAAUGAAAAACAGGUGUAAUAAUAUGAAAUUGUUGUAAAAGGAGAAGUGGUGAUUGUUGACAAAUAUUGUGCAUUAUUAAGCUUUUUAAAAAAAACAAAACAAAAAAACCUUAUAACUGCAUUAUAGUGUGUUAAAAAAGUGUAUUAAAUGUUUAUAUAGUGUUUAUAAAGGCUAAAUGGGGACUCAUCAUCUUAACCCCUCAAACUUUCAAACAGCUGCUUUAAAGAAACAAUAUUUAACUCAGCUUUAGCUGCUAAAUAAGUCUGCGUGUAGUUAACCAAUGCUUUGUAUUACACUGCGUAUCAAACUUUGUGUAGAAAUCACUGACUUAACGCUCUGUGUGGCCUUUAAUCGCUCGAUGUCAUGUUCACAUCUGAACUUUGUGAAAGCUGUUGUAUUAAUCUGAUGAUAAUCUCACGGAGCAGAUCAUAAGACACCAGGUGCUCUUUCUAAAGAAGUGGUCAGAUAUCGUGAAACACAAAACAUCGCGUGUGUUAGCGUAAUAUAGAUGCAUUAAAAAUUAUUUUGUCGUCUUGUGUACAAACCUCUCAGUUUAUUUUUUCUGUCUUCUGAGAGAAGAUAAAACGCAGAGACUGAUCCAUGUGACACUUACUGGUGGUAACCUUGUUUGCUGCUGCUUGUGGCUAUUUUUUUUUUUUUUCAUGUUUUUAUUUAUUUAUUGUAUUGUUUGCAGGGAUUCUUCAUCUUGACAGAUUUGUUUUUGACGUUACAUCACAGCCACCUGCCCAACCUGCAUACCAAAAACAUUUUUAGUGUUAAUGUGCUUUUUUUCACGCGCUGCUCUGCUGAUACGUUCACUGUCCAGGUCAUAUCAGCCUCACACCAGGCUCACUGUAACAACAGGCCUCAUUCACUGAGGAGUGUGACUUGUCAAACACAGGUUUAACUGUCAUUAAUAAUGGCUGCCGUCUUUUCAGGUGCUCCAAAGCGCUGCUUUCUUUACUGAUGCACCUAGAAGAGAACAGAUUCAUUUCAUUUCAUCAGAUUCAUGAGAAGCAAACUGCAGUGUGCGACUGUUUUAACCUUUUUUUAAAAAUUUUUUUACAGCGGACAUUUGUCAUAGCCGGAAAAGCACACUAGAGCUGCUGCAGUAAGUCGAUUAGUCGAUGAACAGAAAAAUAACUACUUACAAAACGUUUUUGAUGAUUGAUUGGUAAAAUGAUUUUCAUGCAAAAUAAGCACAGAAAACAAUGCUUUGAGCCAGCACGCAGCGGGACACCUGAAUAAAAGGCAGCCAUGAUUAAUGCUGUUACUCACCCCUGUGUCUGACAGGUCAGCGUAGCCCCCCGGUGAGAACCAUCUGUCAGACUGUGGAAGUUCCACUUCACUUGUAUAGAAUAAAAACAUCUU